GCCAAAUAUCAGUCGAGAGGGAGGUCCUAGCACCUACAAGGUUUCGGCAACAAUAUAAAAGGGGACCUACUCGACGAGUUUACAUCAAGACGACAAUCGUGGUCAGCACUGAAAACAUGAAAUUCUUAAUAGCUUCGGUGAUUUCGGCAUUAGUCGUAUUAGCGGCGGCCGCUCCAAUUGACGAUAAACCAGAGCCAAUUGCAAUUUUACGCAGCAGUGCCGAUGGACCAAAUCCAGAUGGCUCCUAUGCCUACAGCUAUGAGACUGAGAAUGGAAUUAAGGCCGAGGAGCGCGGUGAAUUGAGACAAAUUGGCGAGGAGAGUGGAAUCGCGGCGCAGGGCAGCUACAGCUACACCGCCGACGACGGUAGUCCAAUUUCAUUGACCUACACCGCCGACGAGAAUGGCUUCCAACCUCAGGGCGAUCAUUUGCCAAAAUCACCGGAAGUGCCCGCUGCAAUUCUCAGGGCACUCGAGUGGAUUGCCGCUCAUCCCGAGGAAGAUCAGUUGACCAAGUAAAAACAGCAAAGUGAAACAAUUUUUUUUUUUUUGGAAAUGUCUGUGUUCUGAAUGGUGGAGUGUUUCCCGGAUUUUAGUGCUUUUUGGACUAUUUUACUUGAGUACUUUUUUCAGUACUUUAGUACAGUGGGUUUUUAGGUAUUUUUAGUACUUGCAUUGUGUUUUCGGUACUUCAGUAUUUAUAGUACUUAUGGUACUUGUACUACUUGCGGUACUUUUACUACUUCUAAAGUACUUGCAGUACUUGUAUUACUUCUGUAUUCUCAGUACUUGUAGUACUUUUGUACUUAUGUAUUGACAAUACGGAAAAGUACAUCAGUACUUUCAUUAUUAUCAGUACUUUUAUUACUACAGUAUUUUUUUUACUGGCGGUAUUUUAGUAUUUUCAGUUACAGUACUUCACUAUUUUUAGUCGAUUUUUAGUGCUACUGGUACUGAAAUAUUUGAAUUACUUGUAGUACUAAAGUUUUUUAAUUACUUUUAGCACUGUAAUAUUUUUAUUACUUGUAGUACUUAAAAUACUUGUAGUAUUUGUAGUACUCAAAGUACUUGUAGUACUUAUACUACUUAAACAACUUGUACUACUUGUAGUACUUGUAUUAUUUGUAGUGCUAAUACUACUUAAACUUGUAGUACUCAAACUACUUGUAGUAUUUGUAGUACAUAAACUAUUUGUCGUUCUUUAAAUACUUUAACAACUUGUAGUAUUUGUAGUACUUGUAUUAUUUGUAGUACUCAUGCUACUUAAACAACUUGUAGUAUUUGUAGUACUUAAACUACUUGUAGUACUCAGACUCUUUGUAGUACUCAGGCUACUUGUAGCAUUUGUAGUACUUAAAAUAUUGGUAGUACUUUAAAUACUGUAACUACUUGUAGUAUUUGUAGUACUUGUAUUAUUUGUAGUACUCAUGCUACUUAAACAACUUGUAGUAUUUGUAGUACUUAAACUACCUGUAGUACUCAGACUCUUUGUAGUACUCAGGUUACUUGUAGCUUUUGUAGUACUUAAAAUAUUAGUAGUACUUUAAAUACUGUAACUACUUGUAGUACAUGUACUAUUUGUAGUACUUAAACUACUUGUAGUACUUGUAGUAUUUGAAAUACUUGUAGUACUUGUAGUACUUGUAGUAUUUGAAAUACUUGUAGUACUUGUAGUAUUUUAAAUACUUGUAGUACUUGUAGUACUUGCAGUACUUGUAGUACUUGUAGUACUUGAAAUACUUGUAGUAUUUUUUUGAUAUUCUUGUAAAGAAAAUUUUUUUUUCAUCUAAAACAAAAAAUCAAAAAUAAAGGGAAAUAUUUGUGAGUGAUGUUGAAUGUUGUGUCAACUAAUUUUUUUUCUUGUAUAAUUGAGUGAACUCGUGCCAAAAUGUACAAACAAUUUUUCUACUUUUUCUACCUCAGACUUUGUAAAUCUUUUUUUUUAUAUAUAUAUUUAAUACGUUUUGUAUAUUGAAACUAUGAAAAAAAUAUAAUUAAUAGAAAACAAA